AUGGCCCACUCAUCGGUCGGUCCGCGCGAGGUUCCUACUGGCUUUGGGAAGUCGUUCCUCAUCGGCGGCUCGAUAGUCGCUGCAGGUUUUAUCGGCACCUGGUACUCACUUAUCCAACACAAGAAGCGUGAACAGGCUGCUGGAAAGAAUCCCUAUCACGAGCAAAUCGUCGCCCGCCUCUCCGAACCACCCACCCGUGGUGGCACUGGCGUCGACCUUGACAAUCUCAAGCCCAUGAACGUCAGAUUCGGCGAGAUACCGCCCCAAAUCCCCACCAAAGAACACAACAGUCGGCACGCUACUAUCGAGGAGUUUGCGAAGUCCCCGGAUAGCGAUCCUGAGAUGAGGCGCAUGGAGCCGACUCCCCAGAAAGGCCGGAGAGAUGGGAGCGGGAAGGUGUACACCAAGUCUCCGGAUUUUGUUGAUAAUUAUGGAAAGACGCUGAGGGCGAGGCAGGUCGAGUUUCACCCGAAUUUGAAGUACCGUUAG